AUGGCCACCACAAACGUAUUUCCUGGCCAUAUUCUUACUCCUCCUACACUUUCAAAUCUAAAACUCGGACCUGGUCUUUAUCAGCAGCGAGACCGCGACGGCCAGACGUCCAUCAUUGCUACACGCGCCGGCACGCUCCAUAAAUCGGGUAAAAACAAGUAUUAUGUCGAAUCAAACGGUCGACGCUAUGUCCCAGCCGCACAAGAACCCGUCGUCGGAGUCGUCACCGCUCGUUCUGGUGAAUCAUAUCGCGUAGAUAUUGGCUCUGCACAUCCAGCGACUCUCGAUGCAUUGGCCUUUGAGGGCGCCUCGAAACGGAAUAGGCCGCAGCUAAAGGUUGGCUCACUCGUAUACGCGCGUGUUUCAUUGGCCAACAAGGACCUCGAGCCAGAACUCGAGUGCUUUGACGCGCAGACACGCAAGGCGGAUGGGUUCGGUGAACUCAAGGGAGGUCUCGUCAUCUCCUGCUCGCUCGGUCUGGCUCGCAAGUUACUCGACCCAGCGCACUUUCUCCUCCCACUGCUAGGAACCAAGUUUGCUCUCGACGCCGCCAUUGGCGUCAACGGUCGCAUCUGGUUUAAAACUGCUACUCCCAAGCAGACCAUUGCCAUCUCACGAUGUAUCCAAGCCGUCGACGAGGACCAGCUCGACGCACAGGCCCUCAACGUAUUUCUCAAUACAUUAGAUAUAUAA